AAAUGUCAUCCCCUUCUAGUGAGAUUUCUUAUUCACGCGACUAGAUCCAUACAUCCUGCCGGGCUGCACGCUAGGAUGGAUAAGAACAGAGGUUAUGCACCUCACUCCACAUGAGGGAGGGCCAAACCAACACAAUCUCAAAUCCCGAAGGUUAUAAUUCAACCAUCGCCCACCGAAUACGAGGCUGUGAAGUUUGCAGGGCAGACCAACAACACGAAAUCCACCGCAAACUGUGUCUAAACCCACCGGUUGUUAGUCCACAGCCAGAGCUGGGGGCCAUGUUGUCCGCCAUAAAGUUCCGGGCGAAUAAACAAAACAGGAAGUGAAGUUGGGGGCUGUUAUAACAUCUUCCGCUUCAUUGUCAUCGAAAGC